AUGUGUUGUUUUUUCACCGCAGUUGAGCGCGGUGCAGACGGUGCGCGCGUGUUGAACAAGGAGAAAAAGCCGUAUACGAACGCUGAAGGGGAGGUAAUAGAAGAGGACCGCUAUGGGACGUCACAGCCCCUUCGCUUCGGAGAGGAUGACUACAACAUCCAGGCUCUAAACAAUCUGCCCUAUCAUCGCCUGCACGCGGGUCACGUUGACCUUCUCAAGAAGGAUGGUCUCGCCAAAGUGCACUUCUGCGUUGCUAAGUUACACGCACUUCCUGUUGAGGCGCUUUUAGACGACUUCACGGCGGCCAAAGCGGCAUUCCCGGGGAAACCCCUGAUCACGUGCAUUCUGGAGGCGCUUUUGCUCUCCCGGAAGGGGCUUCAAAUGGAUCCGGUUCAGUUUAUGCCUCAGCUACUAGGGCGCCUGGAGGACAACGAGACAACAGCCGAGUUCAAGCAGCGCUUACGUGAAUAUAGCUCAAAAGUGUGGUUCGAGCCCGAUGUCAACAUCCUGGUGCGUCCCGGGGGUCAACUGCUUCACGGCAUCCACGUGCACACGUCCGAAAUUUACAUGAUGACGAUUACGUCAUGUGGACAUUAUGUAAUCACAGUCUGCGGGUCGUUGGAGGAGAUCAAAAUCUGGAACAUCAAGGUCGACCCCCACGGUUGCUACGCAAUGUGA